CUCCUUCACUAAAGCUGCCUGAAGUCGGAGCGCGCUCGCCGCAGGCGUUGCCUUGCCUCGCGGUGCAGUGUGUGUACAUCUAACAUCUCGCGAACACGGCGCAAGCCAACGGAGAGACGCGAGCAUUGCCGCUGCAGAAGACAGUAGAGAGCGGCUGACUCGCUGUGGCAAGCGGUUACCGACGUCCGGGACCACCGCGGUGCAGCGAUAGGCGGCCGAGGACCAGGAGAGCGGCCGCGAGGUCGGCGGAUGCGCCUACUCGCCAUGCUCCUGGCCGCGCGGGCGGCGCGGGCGCUGCGCCCGGCGCUGCGGCCGCCCCGCGCGCCUCCACAAGCGUGGCGGCGCUUCGCCGCGACGCAGGAGCCGCCGCCCAAGGAGACGGAGAUCAUUCCGAUUGAAUUGGAGGACGAGAUGGCCGACAGUUUCAUGAAGUAUGCCCUGUCGACAAUUCUAGGACGAGCUUUGCCAGACGCCCGCGACGGUUUGAAGCCCGUGCACCGGCGCAUCUUGUUUGCGAUGCGCGAGUUGAAGUUAGAACCAUCAUCACAAUACCGAAAAUGUGCGAGAGUCGUAGGUGAGGUAUUAGGAAAGUUCCACCCGCACGGAGACUCAUCAGUGUACGAGGCGCUCGUGCGCAUGGCCCAGGACUUUGUCAUGUCCGAGCGUCUUGUGGAUGGCCACGGCAACUUCGGAAGUGUGGACGGGGACCCGCCGGCGGCGAUGCGCUACACGGAGUCGCGGUUGACGAAGUUCGCGGCGUCCGCGUUGCUGAAUUCAUCGGACCUAGGCCAGGGUCGCGCGGGCGCGUCGUUGAACGGGGGCAUCGGCGUGCGCUUCUCCGAGAACUUCGACGCGUCCGAAUACGAGCCGGACGUCUUGCCGGCGAGAUUACCGGUGUUGCUCGUGAACGGCGCGCAAGGUAUUGCGGUUGGGAUGGCGACGAACAUCCCGCCCCACAACCUGGGCGAGGUCUGCGACGCGGCGCUGGGUCUAGCGAAGGCGGCGAAGAACAAUGAGGUCUUCGACGACGAUGCACUGUUAAGAGCUCUGCCGGCGCCCGACUUCCCGACGGGCGGAUUGAUCAUGGGCACGACGGGCGUGGCCCGGGCCUACGCUACGGGGUCUGGUUCCGUCUUGGUGCGAGCUAGGACGUCCAUCGAGAAAUUGCGGUCUGGGCGGACGGCGAUCGUGGCCACGGAGCUGCCUUAUUUAGUCAGCAAGGCGGAUCUCCUCGAGAAGACGGCCGAGGCCGUGAACAACAAGAAGCUGCAAGGUAUUCGUGAUUUGCGAGAUGAAAGCGGUCGAGCUGGGAUGCGUGUGGUGUUCGAACUGAAACGUGACGCGCAUCCGGAGACGGUGCUGGCGAAUUUGUUCAAGUCGACGCGGUUGCAGGCGUCGUUCCCCGCGAAUUUGGUGGCCGUGGAUUGUAUAAGAGACGAGAACGGCGUGGAAGACCCCGACAGAAAAGCACCGGUCCGAUUAACUUUACGAAGUGCAUUGGAGCGGUGGAUGCGGUUCCGGUUCGAUUGUGUGCGGAGGCGGGCGUCGUAUGAAGAGGCUCGAGCGGCGGCGCGACUCCAUAUCGUGGAAGGCUUGGUGUUGGCGCAGGCGGCCGCGGACGAAGUUGUGGCCGCGGUGCGGAAGUCGGCGUCGCCCGAGGACGCGAGGAAUCUAUUGAUGAAUGGUGGCGUGCCGGGCCUGAAGGCCCUGUCCGAGACGCAAGCCAGGGCCGUCCUGGCGCUUACACUAUCUCGGUUGACGUCUCUGGCAGCCAAUGAGCUCAAAGACGAGGAAGCGGAUUUAACGCAGGAGCUCGCCCGUCUAAGGAACGAGCUGGAGAACGACUCCGCGGUCUACGACCGCAUCUGCGGCGAGUUGGAGGACUGCAAGAAGCGGUUCGGCGGGCCGCGGCGGUCGGAGAUCGUCGAGGAGGACAGCGGUGAGGUGACGGAGGAGGACACGACGCCGAACGAGCGGAGCGCCAUCCUAGCGCUGGCCGGCAAUUAUCUCAAAAGGACGUCCCUCAAGGAGUUCGCGGCGCAGGCUCGGGGCGGCGUCGGGCGGCGGGCGGCGCCGCUGGCGGUCGAGCACCUCGCGACGUGCCGCGAUCAUGAUACUUUGCUAUGUAUCACGGACGCGGGCGUGGCGUACGGCGUCCGAGCCUUCAAAGUGCCGCAGGCUAGUCGUGCGGCGCGCGGGUCUCCCUUAUCUCGUGUCUUGCCGGUCGACGCCGACAGAAGUAUCGCGGGGCUGUUGCCCGUGUCGCAGCAGCAACUCGAAGGCGAUCAAGAUUACGUGGUCCUCGUGACGAAACAAGGGCUAGUCAAGAGGACGCCGCUCUCGGCCUACAGAGACAUGACGUCGCGCGGCAAGAUCGCGAUUCGCCUGAACGAGGGCGACGCCGUGGGCUGGGCGGCGCUGUGCACGUUGGGCGACUCGCUGGUCGUCGCGACGGCCAAGGGCAUGCUGCUCAAGUACGACGUCGACGCCGUGCGCGAGACGGCGCGGGCGACGAUGGGCGUCAAGGCCCUCAAAUUGAGGGACGACGACGAGCUCGCGACGGCGCGGGUGGUCGCUCCGGACAAGGACCACGUCCUCGUGCUGACCGCGGCGGGCUACGGAAAGCGCGUCGACGUCGAGGCGGUGCGCGCGCGCAGCCGGGCGACGAUGGGCGUCCAGGCGAUCAAGUUCAAGAAGGAGGGCGACGUGUUGGUGGACGUGAGAGGGGUAGCCGACGACGACGAGGUCCUGGUCGUGACGAGCGGGGGGACCAUCGCUCGCGUGGCCGCGAACACGAUCGCUGCGCAGUCGCGGACGGCGAAAGGGGUAUCCGUGCAGAAGAGCACGGCGAAGGACCCGUGCGUCGGCAUCUCGCUCGUGCCCGGGGACCUGGCGGGCGUCGUGGCGGACGAGUGAGUAAGUGCUCUAUUUAGGU